UGGGGUUGUAAUGUCUGUAUGGGCAUUUGUGUGGUUGUACGAUGGGGUUUGUUACCAUUUGUUCAGUAAGUUCUCUGCAUUCGCAUUCAAAGAGCAGUCCCUCAUAAUUUACCGGUCACGAUGUGUGAACCAGGUGUUGUGUUGCUGUGUGAUGUCAGAGGUAUGGUGCAGUGCCGACCUGGGUCCGGUGGCCGUGGAGGAGCAGAGCCUGGAGAUGCAGAGCUGUACCACCAAACUGCUGACCAUCAGAGAAGUUCUGGUCAGGAGACACAUGAAGGUGGCGUUCUUUGGCAGGACCAGUAACGGGAAGAGCACGGUGAUUAACGCCAUACUGAGGGACCGCGUGUUACCCAGCGGCCUCGGCCACACCACCAACUGCUUCCUGAGGGUCGAAGGAAGUGACGAGGAAGAAGCUCAUCUCACCACCGAGGCAUCUGACAACAGGAAGAGUGUUGAAACGGUCAACCAGCUGGCUCACGCUCUGCACAUGGAUCCCAGUCUGGACUCUGGAAGUCUGGUCAAGGUUUUCUGGCCGAAAAGUCGCUGCACUUUGCUGAGAAAUGACCUUGUUCUUAUGGACAGCCCAGGCAUUGAUGUCACUUUGGAGUUGGACAGCUGGAUCGAUAAGUUCUGUCUGGAUGCUGACGUCUUUGUCCUGGUUGGCAAUGUGGAGUCCACCCUGAUGAACACGGAGAAGCUUUUCUUCCACAAAGUCAGCGAGCGGAUCUCCAAACCAAAUAUCUUCAUUCUGCACAACAGAUGGGACGCAUCGGUGACUGAACUCGAAUACCUAGAGGAGGUGAGGAAGCAACACUUGGACCGCUGUGUGAGCUUCCUGGCUGAGGAGCUGAAGGUGGUCAGCCUGGAUGAUGCUCCAGGAAGAAUCUUUUUCAUCUCGGCCAAAGAGGUCCUGGCCUCCAGGAUGCACCAAGCACAAGGCAUGCCCAAGACAGGUGGCGCUCUAGCUGAAGGUUUCCAUGAGAGGCUGGCUGAGUUCCAGAGGUUUGAGAGAGCGUUUGAGGAACUGAUCUCUCAGUCAGCCGUGAAAACCAAGUUUGAGCAGCACACAGUGCGAGCGUGGCAGAUCAGUGAGGCCAUCAAAGCCGUGAUGGACGCCAUCAACAUCACCUCUGCAGACAGAAAAAUCUGUUGUUUGGAGGAGAGGGAGGAGCAGAGAGACCGACUGGAUUUUGUACGUGGACAGAUCAACCGUGUGACCGACAGCAUCAAAGAGCAGAUUAAGAUGAUUGUUGAUGAUGUCACUGCCAAGGUUGCCGUGGAAAUGACAGAUGAAUUCCGUUCUCUUGCUGUUCUGGUGGAGGAGUUCAGAGGGGAUUUUGAUGCUACGCAAGAAACUCUAGAGCGGUACAAAGCAAAGCUGCAGCAGCACGUGGAAGACAGGAUGCUCAGCGGUUUGGCUCAGCGAUGCUCUGUCAGCAUUCUGUCAGAUGUUCGUGCGGCUCAGAGUCACAUGAUCGACAGCGUGCGUCCUCUGCUGUCGCCAUCCGUCCAGGAGCAGCUCGCCGUUCCCAGCAGCAGCUUCCAGCUGACCUAUGACAUGGGUUUGGCCGCGCUCUGCUCAGACUUCCGUGAGAACGUUGAGUUCCAGUUCUCUCUGGGAUGGACCGCACUUGUAACACGCUUCAUCGGUGCCACCAAUGCGAGACAAGUCCUGAGCAGCGUGGAUCCAAGAGUCCAGGUGGGCCAUGCAGUGACGUCACAUUCAAAGCUUUCUAACAGUGUUUGGAAAUUAAGCUCCCAAACACACUCUUUCCAGGAAGACGCCAAAGACAAGAUGGUGGUUUCCAUAGUAAAAGGCCUGAUGCCCAUCACCUCUCGGGCCUCCAUGGCGGUUCUGGUGGUUGGUGGAGUUGUGUGGCGUUCAGUGGGCUGGCGCAUCAUUGUAGUCUCUCUGUCGCUCUACGGCCUCCUCUAUCUGUACGAGAAGCUCACCUGGACAGAUGUCAGUCGAGAGCAAGCACUGAAGCAACAGUUUGUGGAACAUGCCACCCACAGGCUGAGGGCCAUCAUCCCCAUCACAAGCUCCGCCUGCAGCCAGCAAGUGCACAAGGAACUGGCAUCAACAUUUCUCCGUUUAUGCCAGCGGGUGGAUCUGAGUGAAGCUGAGCUAGAAGGAAACAUCCGGCAGCUGAACUUCAGGAUCCACAAACUGGAGAACACCCAAAGAAGGUCCAAGGCUUUCAGGAACAGAGCCACAGACCUGGAGAGUCUGCUGGAGCAGUUUUCAGCUCAGUACCUGCAGGGGGACUGACGGGACCAGCGGUGCCUCCUGCUGGCAGCACAUAGUCAUCAUGAAGGUUCACACAGCAGGG